AGUUCGCUGGAAAGUGGUCAACGGUAGCAACAGCAAUAACAAAAACAACAACACCUGAGGCAACAAUAGCCGAAUAGACGAGCGUUGAUUUAUCUCUCUUUAAAGUUCUCCGUAUCGAGCUGUCACCACUUUAUUUUAGCUUCAGACGCGCUGCGAGUUGCACGCGUCUUGCAGCUCACCCAAAAGUAAAAAAACCCAAACAAAUAAAACGGAAAAUUGAUUAAAAAUUAACCCGCAAUUAAACGUAACAAAUAAAUAAAUCGGGCAGUAAAAAAAUCAUCAGCUCCCAAAUCUCGUUUUUGGGGACUCUAAAUAUCGGUUCUUCCGGGUUUUGAUUCGAUCUGUAUAAAGGGAAAUCCAGCCUCAAAAUGAUAUUCGGUCGCUGGACGCGUAAACAAGUACUCACGAUGUUCGGUGUGGGAGCUGCCCUCCUGGGCCUCGUAAUUGUGAUUGGUGUGGUGAACAGUGGAGUGUCCUCGAAGGAUCUCGAAUGGAAAGAUGCGUCCAGAUCCAAGUGCUACAAGACCAGUCCCAAUACCACGCACUCCACCCUGGAGUUGGUGCACAUCGUUUUCAGACAUGGCAUUCGCACCCCCGUGGACACGUAUCCCAAGGAUCCCUACUUGAAGGAUGGCUUCAAGCCAACGGGUUGGGGACACGUGACCAACUCCGGAAAGCGGGAACUUUUCGAAAUGGGCCGCUGGCUCAGCCGUCGCUACGGGGAUUUCAUGGGUCCGUACUACAGACCAGAGCGCCUCCAUGCCCAAGCAACCGCCUCUCCAAGGGCCAUGAUGUCCUUGCAAACGACGCUCGCCAGCAUGUUUGAGCCACGAGGAACCCCCAUGGAGUGGAAUAAGCACCUGAACUGGCAGCCCAUUCCAAUCGUUUCGGAGCCCCUGGAUGAGGACUCGCUCCUGCUAGUCCGCACACCCUGUCCUCGUUAUUUCGAGGCACUGGAGGAGGUUUUCAAGAGACCGGAAGUCAUCGCCGAAACGGAACCCUUUCAGCAGAUGUUCCGCGAGCUGACAAACCUCACUGGGAUGUCGAUUCAGAGUGCGGAGGACAUCAACUCCCUGUACAUAACUCUGCUGGCUGAACAGGAGUUCGGCUAUAAACUGCCCGACUGGACCAAGGAGUACUUCCCAGACCGAAUGCAGUUCCUGGCCGAGCAGAGCUAUGUCUACAAUGCCUACACUCCCGAGAUGCAGAAGAUCAAGGGCGGUCCCUUCCUGAAGAGAAUGUACAAGGAGAUGGUGGCCAAGAGAGCAGGAAGCCUCAAGCCCAGGGACCGCGCAAUGUUCAUUUACACUGGCCACGAUUGGACAGUAGGUAAUAUCUUAAUGGCCUUGGGUGUGUGGAAGCGCCAGAUGCCGCGAUUCGCAGUGAUGGCCAUUUUCGAGACGCAUAGGGAUAAGGAAACCGGUGAAUACUAUGUGGAGAUCUUCCUCCGGAACGAUGAGCACGGCUGUCUGGAGCAGCUCCAGCUGAAGGACUGCGACCGCCAGUGUCCGCUGAGUCGUCUGAUUCAGCUGAGUGCGGAGGUGCUGCCAAACGAACCCGCGGAGCAGAGGUGUCGACCCCAUGACGACGACUUCGUGGAGCCGCCACCGCGCGUAAUCGAUCAGAAUGGCCGUUAGCGAAUAGCGUUUGCCAAAGAGAAAUUUGAUCACUCAUUGUUACCAUAGCAGCCGACGGAGUGUAGUGAAAAGAAUAUUUUAAUUUAUACAGUACAAUAGAAAUCCCCUAAA